UCUGCCCAGUUGUUCAGUGUAUUCAUCGCAACCGUAGUUGCUAGGGUUUUCAAUUUACAAUCUUUAAAAUUCUCAAAUCUCCGCCACAUCCAAUCUGCGCUGAUCAACGAGUGUUUAUCGUCCGGCUUCAUCCGAAAGGUGCAAAGAUGUAUACUGCGUUGCAAAAGAUUCACAAGGAAAAGGAUGCUGAGCCCACUGAGUUUGAGGAGAAUGUAGCUCAGGCCUUAUUUGAUUUGGAGAACACAAAUGGAGAUAUUAAGAGCGAAUUGAAGGACCUUUACAUCAACUCUGCCUUGCAAAUUGAUGUCUCUGGAGGCAAGAAGGCUGUUGUAAUCCAUGUACCCUACCGGUUAAGGAAAGCUUUCCGCAAAAUUCAUUCUAGGCUGGUUAGAGAACUUGAGAAGAAAUUCAGCGGAAAGGAAGUUGUUUUCAUUGCUACUAGAAGGAUUGUGCGGCCACCGAAGAAGGGUUCAGCUGCUCAAAGGCCUCGAUCACGUACUCUCACAUCCGUUCACGAAGCUAUGCUUGAGGAUGUAGUUUAUCCAGCUGAGAUUGUUGGUAAGCGCAUCAGAUACAGGCUAGAUGGAUCAAAGAUCAUGAAGGUGUUCUUGGAUCCCAAGGCAAGGAAUGACACCGAGAACAAGGUUGAGACUUUCUCCAGAGUCUACAGGAAGCUAUCGGGGAAAGACGUUGUCUUUGAAUUUCCCACGACAGAAGCCUGAAGAUCUUGUAAUCUAGUUGUGAUCAGAUGUCAUCUGUUAUUCUAUUCCAUUGCAAGAGAUAUACUAAUAUUGGGGUUUGGGCUAUUUGAAGUUUUGUUGGAAGAGUUUUGACCAAAAUUUGUUAAACCCAUGUUAAAAUUAUUCUCCAGUUUUCCUUUUUGGAUGUUCGGUUA